AGGAACAACCUUGCUCUUCGCAGGCAACAGGUCGGACCACUUCUAGUCGAGCAUGCACUUACACUUGUUCUUCGAUAUUCGCAUAAAUGCAGCCGGAGAGUAGAAGACCCAUUGGCUAUCAUUAGUUAGUAGCCUGUUUGGAACUAAUAUCUUCUCGAUCUCGACGUCAACGUGAAUAGCUCAUUCCAUGAUAUCGAUUACAGACAGUUCGGCCCUGGCGGAUUGUUCCGAGAAAAAGACUCUGACAAGUGGCCAACCUAUUGCGAAGUCCUCAUCGUCGGGGCUUUCUGCGUCGCUCCGCUCUUGCUCGCAAUCGAAGCUAGUGGAUCUCUCCGCGACUGCCGUUCCGAAAGCGGCCAACCUCCCCUCCUCGCACCUCCAUCGGCAUCUGACCAACGGCGGCAACGAGGCUGCUGCAGCACUAGAAGAAGUUGAAGUGUCUUUGACAUCAGAGAAACUACCUGGCAUCCCUUGCAGCGUUGUUCUAGAGCGCAGCACUUCGGCACAGACGACUUCCGAGAACUCGAUCUCGACUGUGGUCCCUCCUGCAGCGCCCUUGGAUUGCUCAUCUGCGCCGUCGCCUACUACACCAAGCGCCUCUAGAGAACCGAGCUGCACAUCUUCGACCGACGGAGUCGCAAGCAUGGUAGUUCCCACGACCAGCGAACCGGCUGCAAACGCCGCUUCAAGCAUGCGACCCCCCAUGUUAAGCGGCAAUGCGUCCAAUAAUCCUUUCCUGACCCAGAAGACUGACAUGCUGCCUCCCGCUCUUGGUGGUAGUUCCCCGUGCGACAUUACGUUCGGCCACGGCGGUGCCUGCUCGGCGUCUUCUUCCAAGGGAGAAGGAGAAGCAGGGGUGCCCGGCUCAGCCUCAGCGGACGAGGGCCAAUCCAUAGGUGGCGCACAGGAGGCUAAAAAUGUUGAUGAUAAUGCAACGGCGAAGCUGAAGCGAGACGGAAUAGAGCUGCCGCUGUUGCCAGGAGAAGUAGAGACGAAUGCCGCAAUAAAUGGAGCCUGCUCCUCCACCUCGUCGGCUGCACUCGAUUUCCUCCCGACUGUGCCGUCCCCUCGCGACGCUGCGGGAGAUGCUGCGCAAGAUACGCCACAACUCUGGUAUGAAAGCGUCCCGACGCACAAUCUGGUGUUCGCUCGCGUCGUAUCAACGCAAAGCCCCAUGGACCCGGAGUGCACAAAGCUAGUUCUGCAUGACCUGCUGGAAGAGCCCAACGUGAAUGGUGAGUACGAAACCGGUGGAAAAAUAUACUACCUCGACUAUGCGCAACUGAACGACGCGAAGUUGCGACUGAGGGAGCUUAUGCGGUAUCACCAAACGACAGCGAUGAGUUUGAAAAAUGUUCACUAUCAUCGGAGAAAACUUUCUCGUCUUCGCAGUGCCAGUUUCACUGCUGGAGGAGGCAAGGUAAUUAUGCACUCGUCGCGCAGGUUGUCGUGCGAGGAAAAGGGAGAAAAGGAAAACAGCUCAUGUUGAGCAGGACAUGCAGAUGCAUUGCAGUCGUGGAUUUUCAUCUUCAUGCAUGUGGCAACGCGAUGAAGACAGCUCGAGGUCUUUGCAGGUUCUGCCUGGUCUACAACUGUUUGUUGGUAUUUAAUGUUCAUGAACUACGUAGACUUACACUCCCGGUGGGGCUGUGCGCUGCUUUACUUGUCAAUAGCUUCCCUGCAAAAGGAACGGGAAAAUCUUUCUACAAGCAGGGAAUGAAAAAGGGCAGCGCCUUUCCCUACUUUUCAGGCGGCGCGGGUGGAACAAGCUCAGGAACAACUGCAGAGGGAGAGGUGCACACCGACGGCGAGGACGAGAAGAAGUUCUACAAUACUUUCGGAUUCUGGGAGAACAGUGAAACAAACGAGAUCGACUUGGAAGCUGACAUCUGGAUGGUCGAUAUAUCCUGUGGGCAAAACUCCAGACAAAUCAGAUUUUUCAUCAAUGACUUUGGAAAUCCGGUGUUGGCGUGUCGUUCAGAAAAAUAAAUACAACUACAUCAUCUAUAUCUACUUUGAUUCUUGACAUAACCUAUGAAGGCCGCAAAAUUAAGCUGAUUUGACUUGGAAAUUUGCUUGGAUAUUGGACAAGAGAGGUAUUACGCUGGACUUGGUAGGGAAAAUCAAUGCUUCCGUUUUUUGGCUCCUACUUCUACUUUCUUGGCUUGAAACGAAGAUGAAAGAAGCAACUACUUCACUCCCUUCAUCACGACAAUUAUGUCGUUGAGUUGACCAAUAAAUCAAAACCACAGGAUCCCAGCCCAUUGAUUUUUCCGGAAAAGCUCUGUCUUCCUAUGGAAAACGUGACCAAGAUACUACGUUUCGCCGGCGAGUAUCAUCCGGGAAUGUGUCGGGGUCUCGAAAUUUGAAUUUCACAUACAACAAACUAGUAUGGUGCAUGUCAUGGUAAGCAGCCCAGUAUCACAGAUAUCCUUGCGGUUGGCCCUUGAAUCCGCAACGCGGAUAAAAAAAAGUCACUCGACUCGCAUAUCACAACACCAGCGCCAAUCGUCCGAAUUAUCCAUGUUUGACUGAGUUGAGGAGCGUAGACGUUGGACGAGGUCGGCAUUGAUUUUAUUCCUGACCCCAAGAUCUUUCCCACCGAUAGCGAACAAGCGUACGGUUGGAGGCCGGGCUGUACGGACAAAGUUUCCCUGCAAAACAUCACGCCAAGACUUCUGCACGAUGUGAGGCGAGGCGAUCUAAUCACUUCAAGCAGAAGUGAUUUUCAAUUGCCAACAAUCUCGCUUCCGCUUGACGCUGACCCUUCCAGCGAGCAACAGGACAACAUGAAAAACAAAGAACCGUCGCCGGUGAUAUGGCGGCUGCUCUGCGAAGGGACAAGUCCCGAAAAAUCCUGCGCCGCAUUGUUCAGAAAAGCGCUGGAGCUAGAAGGUAAGGAAGACAACGAGGCUGUUGCAGCUCCAGCUGAUACAACAAAUGCUCAUACCCAUACGUUGUAUACCACGGCAGAGAAGGACGAGCCGCCCCUAAGUAAUAUGCAAGAGAAACGCAAGAGCUGCGAUGAUCGGUACGACCAUAUUAAGGACCGCGAUCGGCGAGAUCAGAGGGACCGGAAUCGGCAAGAUAAAGAUUACAACAAAGACCGCGACCGCCAAGACCACCGCGAUCACCAAGUAGGGCACCAUGACGACCGCGAUCGGCACGACCAUAGCGACCGCGAGCGGCAAGAUGACCGCAACAACCGCGACCGGCAAAACUAUAGAGACCGUGCUGACCACCGAGAAGACCACAACAAGGACCGGCGCGAAGAUCGGCAAGACAACAAAGAGCGCGAUCGGCAAAACAAAGACCGCGACCGGGAGGGCCACAAGGACCGCGAUCGGCAAGACAAAGACCGCGACAGAGACGACCACAAGGAUCGCGAUCGGUACGACAAGGAUCGUGAUCGGUACGACAAGGAUCGCGAUCGGUACGACAAGGAUCGCGAUCGACCAGACAAAGACAACGACAAGAAAAGGGACCCAGACCGCGAAGCAGAAAGGAGCAGGGCACGAGAGCGCGAGCAACGUACUUAUCACACUCCAAUGAGUUGUUUGUAUUCAGAUUCACUUACAUACAGUUACUACAAAGCAUUUAUGCGUUAUAACACUCUCGUCAUCUUUAAUUUUUCCUUCGGGAUCGUCGCUCAUGCCCUCUUCAUCCAGAAACUUUAUGAUCGCAUCAGACACACAGGAAUAGUGUUCCUCGUCUGUCUAGUCCGAAUCUGCAAAAUGCACAAAUGCAGGUAGCGCUCACCGCGAGCGACGGGAACUAGAGCGGCCCCCGCCUCGACACCGGCGGGAACCCAGUAAAAUUCCGGAUCGGGGCCCGCGAAAGCCGGGGCCAUCCAAGGUUCGUGACAUUCCCCGCAAAGCAGAAACCACAACUCACGAACCCGAUGUUGGCAGCGAGGUGGAAAACGGUAAACCGAAGGCGCAAGAGCUUUCAGUUUUGGUGGCUGCCAUUAUGGGUAGGGCGGACCUUUCAGAGACGGACAAACUUACAAUGCUUGACGGGGUUAUUGCCAAACACAAUGUCAUCAAGGAGAAAGUGGAGGGUAGCAAAACGGAUGAUGUUGGCGGAGGAGGCUCGAGUGGCAAUGCAAGCAAUUUCAAUGCAGAUGCACCGCCUUCGUCUACUGAAAAUAAAGAAAAAGAUCGAUCUGGCACGGCAGGCUCUACUUCAAAGCCGGACAAAGCUCCUCGUGAGGCGGACCGGAGCUCGCGGGAGCGCCGGCGAGGCGACCGCAACGGCUAUGCAGCUGCUCCUCAAACAGAUAGGUACUAUGACGGCUUGUCUCGCGACCAUAAGGAUAAGCGGCGAAAUCCGAGGUCCCCAUCUAAGCGCCCAGAAAGGUAUGAAGACGGAGGCGCGCGACCGCGUGGCGGAACUAGCCUGAACACUCACGACGACGAUAAGCCUCUAGAGCGGCCUGGGUAUGUUCCGCAUGCUCGACAGUACAAUGACCCAUCCUCUCUGAAGGGAGGCGGGAAGUCGUCGAAGGGAAAGGCCCAGUAUGCGGAGCACCCCAUGAGUGUUUCGAAUCGUCAACAAGCUUUUCACCAUCACCAAGAUCUCUUGGCAACCAGGAAAGAGACCACAGCCGGUGAUGUUACCGGGGGUGCGGCCUCAGCUAAGAGCACGAGUGUUGUUGACAACGCCAGCAGCCGUGGGGACAGGGGUCGUGAAGACAGAGGCAGGAGCCCCCUCAGGCUGCACCAAAGCGGGCGUGAAGACGCGGGCAGCAGUAGAGACGCAGCCGCGAACUACGGGGAUGCCAGGCGAGACCGCCAUGAUAAGAAAGACGCUUCUCUCGAACGGGUCCGCGACCUGACCUAUACCCGAGGCGGCCCAGCGCGACGGCGCCGCUCUCCGUCGAAGCGGCCUGUUUUUUCUAGCGACCAUAUCGAGCGCCCUAUCAUGUGGAAAAACGUGGCAGGACUCGGUCGUGAUUAUACACAUUGAAAUAAUAAACGCACCAUUUUUACUAGGGGGACGGACGGCGCAAGGAGAAGCGGAUGCUCCUUGCCCCGUCGGCACCAAAUAUCGCUGCUCUUGCUGUGGUCUGGAACUCGUGACUCUCAUGGACCUGUUGGAAUCUUGUGCGACGCGUGAGCGUCUUCAGCACCCGAUAUUAGAAACGUAGACGUACUCUGAAAAAAUAUCGACUCUUUUACGCAGACACAAGUAAACGGAGCAAUGUUGUGCAAAAGUGUCUUUUCAUGUUUUGUAUUUCUUCUUCUUCUAUAUUCGCGAUCGCGUUCGAAUAUUAGCUAAAUGAAAAUGGGCCGAGCUAUUACGUUUUUCGAGAUGAUAGAGCCACAGCUUGGCGGUACUGAUCGGCAUCCAGCAGCGGAAUCGGCCUACUAUAAGCUGCAAUCGGAAAACCGCAAACAGCGGCUGCGGCUCGCCGAGGAAAAAGAAAACGCGCCGGACUACGAUAGAGCAAAGAUCUGCGACCCGGAGACGGUGCUCGUUGGGCGCGUGUCAGACCAUUUAACACCAGACGGGGACCAUACGGUAGUCCAUCAGGCGAUUGCUCCGACAGCAGAGGACCCGGACGAAGAGGACGAGACGGGAAGGGCCCGCCGCGGCGGAGCCCGCGACCGAGCGCCGCGCAAAAAGAACUACUUGGAGGCCUUCGAUGAAACCCAGGAUGCCUUUUCCAAGGAGCGCAUGAUCUUCGUAGAAAACACAGCCCUGGCGAAGUACGAAUUGAAGGCGGGGGACAUUCUGGCGGUCAAUAUUUUUCACAAUGGCGAGGGCUGGCAACUGGCGGACUCGAAAAAGCCCAUUUGGAGAAUCGGCUGGAGCACCCGAGAAGCGGUACUUUUCAUGAUGCAUAUGCAUUUCAGAUCAGCUUGGCUUUACGCAUUCUGCCAGUACAACUUACGUUCUUGCCCCUGGUAACGUCGCUGCUUGCUCGUCCAGAUGCCGGUAUUGCUGGUGCGGAUCAUGAUGCCGUUGCUUGGGUAUCAAUGCAACAGCAAAAAGCGCCGCUCCUACAAAAGGCACGAAAAGCACGUUUGCGCUUGUUCAGGCUGCUUAGCCAUGGAGGGUUUUGUUUUUCUGUUUUUCAAGUUGGUAUUGAGCAAGCUUGGCUUGCCACUGUGUUAGUACCAGUGCAGCUGACGCCUGCUGCAGGUUGGGCAACGCAAGAGUGCUCAUCGGACGACGUCGGGGUCAGAAUAAAGAGAAAGUUCAAGUUGUGUGUUAUUAGCCAAUACCGGGGGGGGGGGAAAUAGCGUCUCUUUUCACAGCUGGAACCACAGCAAGCUUGUGCUUCGGUGGACGACGACUGCAAUUUCGACUUUUUAAGUACUUUUUCUUAUCGAGUUCGAGCAGCGGCAGCUCCAGCCGCAGCGUUUCCAGACACUUGGCCCGUGGGUUCUUGCAACAAGAAACGUUGAAUGAAAAUGCUUGGCCAUACGAAUUUGGGCCCCUUCACCAAAGCUGACUGCGCUACACUAACACUCAAUGACACAACUACAACUCACUCCAGGAAAAAUGGGAAGGGCGCGGCAGGAUUCCGCGUUUCGGCGACUUUGUCGGACACGUCUACAAGAAAAGCAAGACGCAGGCGUGCUUCGUGUUUUCCAAGAAAUGUGUCGCGAUGACUAACGAGGAUUAUGUCACAGAAAACAUAUACAACUACUUCGAGUCAAUUCAAAUUCUUUCACUGGUUUUGCAUGGUGGCUUGCAUCACCUUCCUUUGCGAAAGCGGAUACAGAAGACCAUAGAGUUGAUCUUCAUGCGUACAGAAAAAGUAAGUUGACUCGGAGUAGUUUUGCGUCAAUAGAGGCCCUUUUGUGUCGAAGGAUGACGUCGGAACUACUGGCAUUCGGGUAGCAGACGAACUGGCCUUCUGUGUGGACGAAGACGCAAGCCUGAUGCGCAAUGGUAUUAGCACCCCUUUCUGGAUUCGUUGCCGGGAGAAGGGCGAGGUUCCUCUGAAUGUAUCACAUGCAAAUGUGUUCGGGUGUGGAAGAAUAACGUUCUGGGGACUGUUAAGAUCGAGAUGCUUUUCUCGUCCUCCGGCUGACAUAUUUAUUACCUAUUCGGCCUGACUGGAGGUCUUGCUCUGGUUCUGACGCAAUGGGUCUACUUUUUCGUCAUGCAAACACGCGACUUGCCUUCAAUUCAUGCGCAAGCGCAAUGCGCACAAAAAAGAAUACGGCGCGCAUGGCUGUGGCUCCAGGCCACCGACGUCUGUUUGCCGACGUUCUCAGUUGUUCAACAUUUCCUAACAUGUUUGCGGGUGCAUAGACGGAAAGAAACAACUACGACCUCAUAGCAGAGGGUCGGGGCGUGCGCAUCACGGACGAUCUCGGAGCAAGAGCCAUCGAGCAAUACGAACGGGAACGAGGUGGCGGUCGGGCGGAACGGGAACGAGAACGCGAGCGGGGGUUCGGCGCCGAAAGAAGCUCGCGUGACCACGUCAAUAUGAAGAGGCCAGCGGCAGGCAUCCCGAUCGAACGACCGGACAAGUCGAAGCAGGGACUGAAGACCCCGUACUCAUAUAAUUUGAUUCUUCAAAAAAAGACCUAAACUAAAAUUUCUUCGGGUUCCUCAAUAAAGUAUGUAGCACUAAAAUCGCUACACUUACUACACAGAAAGGACGAGGUUCUACUUGUGCAUAAUUCACAUAAAGUCUUAAAGUCGAGGAAGUGCAAAAAAAGUGGCUUCUUCUUCAUACAUCUGAUUCCAUUGUGAAGACAAAGCACAACAAGAACAAGCACAGGUCGGGUAUGGAAAAAAACGACGGGUAUUGGCGAGCGGCGAGCACGGAGCGUCCCUCCUGGCUGGAGACGGCGGACUGGCUGUUGUUAGGAGAUCCGAAAGGGAUCCAGGACGGGACUUCUUCCGCGAAAACCCCGGGCGUGUUCGAAGGUCAGGUGAACCGCGUCCUGAACUGGUCCAACAACGGCUUCCUCCGAGUCACGAAAGGCCCCAAGACCGAAAACCUAGAAGACGUCUUCAUUCACGAUCGGGUCUUGCGACCGACCGGGUUGAAGGAGGGUGACUGGGUCCGGUUCAACUUGACCAAGAACCGCCGCGGCGAUCGGUUUUGUGCUAUUCCCCUGUGGGUGCCUCGGUUCCAAUACCGCACGCCACCAGCUUCAAAACCUGAAAGCCGUCUGACCUACGAUGACCGCGACUACUGCCAUCCUAAAGAUGGAGCUAGCAGGGCCCCAUAUGAAAUGCAAAUAUGUCUGGGUCUGGAAGGUUGGAACUUGUAAUGCUGCCUUUGGAUGCUGCAAAAAGAAAAACAAAAAUCUGUAUUGCGUGAGGAGCCAGAGGAGCGCAGUUCUUGCUAGUACGCGGAGGGGUAUUAUAAAUAUAUAGGUAUUUCUCAUGCGGUAUAGGCAUCAGGAACCCCUCACAAAACCUGUGAUGCUAGGGCAACAUGCAUCACGGACGUCAUGCAUCAUGCAAGAUGUGCAUGAGAAAUCUUGCAAUCUUCCAGAUGACUCAGACAUAUCUGCAUUUGAUACCCGAGGCGGCAGAGACAAAGACGAGUACAAAGGCAGAAAAUUCGAGACUUUUGACUACGACACCCGGGAUCUUCAGAAGUACGGUGACACGGGCCGCCAUGAGGCGAAGCGCCAACGCAGAUGAAGAAAAGCUGCAUCCGACGCGUGAAGACUUUUUCAAUUCAAUUUUCAAAAAUUGCAGCACCUUGUUCGUUCCGAACUCCAUAUCGCGCUUCUACUGUGACAAUUACUACUUCUUUAAGUUUCUUUUUCAAUCAGGUUUACACUUAGUACUAGUACAGUUGAUGACGUUGACUCGUUGAGCUUUUGUGUAUAUAAAAAUCGUAUGUGGUGUAGCCGCAUGUGCAUACCCUUUGCCGGACCACCAGAGGUGGAGAAAAUCAAAAACUGCAGUAGAAGGCACAUGAACGGGUCUGCUCCCCUCGUCUGUGACGCACAGCACCAGCACGCAAGGUGCUACAUGCUAAGUCGACUGUCCUCGCGAAAGCUUUAUUGGAUUGAAGAAGCUAGAACAAGGUAGUUCAGAGCCAAUUUUUUGUUUUUGUUGAAGUGAACUACAACUUUGCCGACGAGAACUACGGGAACGGAAGUUGAUAUAUAGUUUCUACUUUCGACACCACGAAUUCAGGAGCCAAAGAAGUGCGCUGAACAUUCUCGCAAGUAGCUGUGCUACAGGCCUUUUCUGGGCAGCGCACUUGAUAAAGUACUGUUGAAAAAAUGUAAGUAUUGGUUGCACAACACCAGGAGGAGAGUCGUGAUGCAUCCCACUGUGUACCAAGGUUUGCUUUUCACACUAGGGAAGAUCUUGGAUAGUACUGGAACCAAGAGUGUCCUUCGGUGCUACUUUGUCGAUUUUUUAGAAGAUGAAAGAAAGUUGCGUCUUUAUUUUCGUCCUCCUUGAUGAUCAGAAGCAGAACCGAUACCGGACGAGAAAUUGAAACUUCGAGCUAGCACGAGCGUGUGUCUACUGUUUGAGUUGGGUGUGUAUGUGUAAGAAGUACAGUUGCACAAAAAAUAAA